GAGGAGGAGGAGGAGGCGCGCUGAAGGACGAAGAGGAGUGAGAGUAAGGAAAGGAGAGGAGAGGAGGGAGAGGAGAGAAGAGGAGAGGAGGGAGGAGAUCGGAUGCAGUAGCGCCACCACUCCGAGUCCAAAACUCUGCGCACGCGAAACACUCAAAGCUCCACGCGCUGCCAGGCAGGAAGGACGCACGCACGCGCGCUCGCAGACUAUUCCUUUUUUUUUUUUUUUUUUAAAUUCAUCCUUAGGUAUAUUUUGAAUACAAGAAAGAGGGAGAAGAAGGAGAAGAAGGAGGAGAAGAAGGCGACGAUGCCGUUACACCCGCGUCCCUUUGUGCGCUGGAGAGCCGCGCAGAUUCUCGCCUCGGUUUGGCUUCUGUCCGUCGGAUUCACCUGCACCGGAGCGGAGCACGCGGCGACGGUGACGCACCCGCUCCCAGCUGCCUUCUCGGACCUGCUGCCCCACUUCCUGGUGGAGCCGGAUGACGUCUACAUCGUGAAGAACAAGCCGGUGACGUUGACCUGCCGCUCGACGCCCGCCACUCAGAUCUACUUCAAGUGUAACGGAGAGUGGGUGCACCAGGACGACCAUUUGAUCGAGCGCACCGUCGAUCCAGCUACAGGUUUCCCAGUGAUGCAGGUGAAGAUCGACAUCUCACGCCAGCAGGUGGAGAAGAUCUUCGGGCUGGAGGAUUACUGGUGCCAGUGUGUGGCCUGGAGCACUACAGGAACCCAGAAGAGCCAAAAGGCUUACGUGCGCAUCGCCUAUCUGAGGAAAAACUUCGAGGAGGAGCCAUUGGGCAAAGAGGUGGCACUCGACCAGGAAGUGCUUCUCCGCUGCCAUCCUCCAGAGGGCGUCCCUACUGCUGAGGUGGAGUGGCAGAGGAAUGAAGAGUUGAUCGACCCCAAGGCUGACCCCAAUUUCUUCAUCACAGUGGACCAUAAUCUCAUCAUCAAACAAGCCCGGUUGGCCGACACCGGCAACUACACCUGCGUGGCCAAGAACAUUGUGGCGCGACGCAAAAGCUCCUCAGCCGCCGUGAUUGUCUACGUGAACGGCGGGUGGUCCACGUGGGCCAUGUGGUCGGCGUGCAGCGCCGUGUGCGGCCGCGGCUGGCAGAAGAGGAGUCGGAGCUGCACUAACCCCGCCCCCCUGAACGGAGGCUCCGCCUGCGAGGGCCAGAGCGUCCAGACGAGCGCCUGCACGGCCACCUGUCCAGUGGACGGAGGCUGGAGCGAGUGGAGUAAAUGGUCAGCGUGUGGGGCUGACUGCACCAUGUGGAGGAGUAGGGAGUGCACCCAGCCUGCACCGGGUACCGGCGGCAAAGCGUGCCAGGGUCUCGACCUCCAGUCACUAAACUGUACGAGCGAACAGUGCCCACAGACCGUGUCCGGUGCGGAGGACGUGGCUCUCUACGUGGGCAUUGUUGCCGUGGCGCUGUGUCUCACUCUGCUGCUGGUGGUGCUGGUCCUCGUGUAUCGGAGGAAGAAGGAAGGGCUGGAUGCGGACGUAGCCGACUCAUCCAUCCUCACGACCGGCUUCCAGCCCGUGGGCAUCAAACCCGCCAUGCCAGGUGUGUGGGCACCGGACCGGGCACAGCGCUGCAAAAACUCUCACCUGCUCACAAUCCAGCCGGACCUGACCACGCCCGGUUACCAGGGCUCGCUGCGUACACGUCAUGACCCGACUCCUAAAUUCUCUCUGAGCGACGGGCCGCUUUUGGAGCCUCUGGCUAACGGAUCGCACACCAUGGCCAACGGCAAAGUGACCGGCGACAGCGGACACCUCACCAGCCGCCUCACCGCACAGAGCUACUUCAAGACUCUGCCCCGGGACGCCGUCCACACCUCCUACGGCACCUUCAACUUCCUGGGAGGACGUCUUACCAUCCCCAACACGGGGAUCAGUCUGCUCAUUCCUCCCGAGGCCAUCCCCCGAGGCAAGAUCUAUGAGAUUUACCUCACCGUACAGAGGAAGGACGAUGUGAGACUGCCCCUGGCUGGGUGCCAGACGCUGCUGAGUCCGGUGGUGAGCUGCGGCCCACCGGGCGUCGUGCUGACUCGGCCCGUCAUCAUCAGCAUGGAGCACUGCUCUGAUUCCUGCACCGAUCACUGGGCCAUCAGGCUGAAGAAACAAACCUACGAGGGAACCUGGGAGGACGUGCUGCUGCUCGGCGAGGAGUUGGUGUCUGAGCCGUUUUACUGCCAGCUGGAGGCCGAGACGUGCCGCGUGUUCACCGAGCAGCUCGGACGCUUUGCUUUGGUCGGAGAGUCCCUCAGCAUGGCCGCAGCCAAACGCCUCAAACUACUGCUGUUUGCCCCGGCCUACUGCUCCACGCUCGAAUACACCAUCCGUGUCUACUGCACUGAUGACACACACGACCUCAUCCAGGAGGUGAUGCAGAUGGAGGCGCAGCUUGGAGGUCGCCUCAUUGACGAGCCACACGUUCUCCUGUUUAAAGACAGCUACCAUAACCUGCGUCUCUCCGUCCACGACCUGCCACAGGCCCAGUGGAGGAGCAAGCUGCUCACCGCCUACCAGGAGAUCCCAUUCUACCACAUCUGGAGCGGCACACAGCGGAGUUUGCACUGCGCCUUCACGCUGGAGCGGAUGAGUGUGAGCACGUGCGAGCUCUCCUGCACGCUGUGUGUGUGGCAGGUGGAAGGCGAAGGCCAGAGCUUCAGCCUCGACUUCAACAUCUCCAAGGACACCAGGCCACUCGACGCUGAUCUCCUGCUGGUGGAUAAUAGCAGCCCGGCUCUGGCCGGCCCUAGCGCCUUUCAGAUCCCCUACCUCAUCCGGCAGAAGAUCUGCAGCAGUCUGGACGCGCCGUGCCCCAACGGAGCCGACUGGAGACUCCUCGCCCAGAGACUCAAACUCGACAGACACAUGAGCUUCUUCGCGUCCAAAGCGAGUCCCACGUCUACGAUCCUGGACCUUUGGGAAGCUCAGCAUUUCCACAGCGGCAACCUGAACCAGCUCGCCGCCAUCAUGGCCGAGAUCGGCAAACAGGAAGCCAUGAUAUUCCUGGUGUCCGACGGGGAGUGCUAACACAUCCACACACACACACACACACACACAUAAUUACACACACAUACACAAACAGAGCCAGGAAUGAAGGCCUCUAAAUGCUGGGGAUCGAAAAGGUCUAAUAGAGGAAGGACUAAUCUAACAGGGUUUAGCCACCAGUUAGGUGUGCUGUGACUAUAAACACACUAAACACACACAUGCAAAGUACAUUUACGUCCAGCAACGAUGUAUAGAACACUCACAGAUGUUGUUCCGGCCCUGUCUUGAAUCACACUUUUUUAAUUCACCGUUGCGUUCGCCACACUUCUAUCUGAUUUUUUAAAAACUGGAAUCGAAAAUAAGUACGAAAAUCAGGAUCGAAAUUUGUAAGAAGGCAACUCAAAAGCUGGGACAAAGCUAGGACAGGGGUGGACAAAUCAGUGGACAAAUCAGUGGACAAAUCAAUCAAAUAGAUUUAUCAACCAGGAAAAGAAAAUAAACCGUACUCCUUAUUGUUUUUAUUUGCUAUGCAGCUAUAUUCAAACUUAAACGCACCUCGAUCUGGUAACUAUAGUCCGUGCUACUUGUUCCGAAUCUCAGUAUGAACUAUACGUCACUUUGCAGGUAAGCAUACUGAGAGAAAGUGAACAUGCUAGCCAGACUCGAAUAAUUGAUUCUGCGUGCAGUCUGAGGGCGGAACACCACGGCCCGUAUCCAAAACGUUCACCAAUAGCUUGCUGACUUUUUGUCAAGGCCACAAACGUGAUGUUCUACGUUAAAAAAUGCAGAAUUUCGUUCAUUUCCCUGUAUUAAUGCACGUAUCUAGCAAACUAGCACGUUGAACGUGAUCAUAUUACGUUAGCUACCACUUUUUAACCCUAGUCAGUUUCCAGGCAACCAAAACAUCGGACUGGCCAGCACAUUGCACUAGUUACUUUCGCUUGCUAGCUAACGGAUUUAUGAUUCGUCCACCCCUGUAGGAUUAAUUCCCUAAAGAAAUCAGAUGAAAUUGCGGUUACAAAUUUUUCGUGUUGCCGUUGAGACACUCAUUCACAUUUUAGCAACGUGCGUUUUGUAACUGUGUGGCAUUUAGCAAUAUGCAAACGCAAAAAUGUUUUACGAUACCACAUUUGGAAGGUGUAACAAGUUUCUUUAUUGAAGGUAUAAAUGAGAUUUCCCAUUUAAACCUGAUGAAAUUUAUGAAGUUAACAUGAUAGAGAAGUAGAGAGCGUUGUGAAAAGGAGGUAUGAAGGCAGCCGUGCUGCUUUAAUACGACCACCAGCGUGUCAGUAAUGUGACUGUCACUCAAAUAUGAGAACUAAAUAGCAAAAAAAAAAUGAUUUCAGUUUCAUAACCAGCCGAGACGGAUCAAACAAAGAGAAGUGUCUGUGUGUGCAAGCCGUCUGCUUUUCUUUACCCUUUGACCCUCUUCAGGCACCGUAACGCGGCUGCACUGCUUUUCCAAAGCCAUAAACACAAAUUCCCAAAUGCAUCGAUAAUAAAGAACACGGUCCUGAUAUGUGUGAGGAAUAAAGUGAACAUACGCAGGAUCUUUACAAGACGUAGCUGAGAGGAAAGAGAACAUUCAGUAUAACGUUGAUAAAUAUUUUCAGGGAAUUUGUUUUCAUUUUGUUUUACCUAGAAAUCUGAAGAAAAAAAACAUCACACUCGUUUUUUUUUUAAAACCACGGCAUCUAAUUUGAUCAUUUUUAUAAAGAACGCUCUAAAAGAGUGAGGAAUUUAGUAUAAAAUGCAAUACUAUCCUUUUUUAAAUUUAUUUUGUAAUCUAUCCAAUCAAAUGUUGAUCAUAUUUGUUUGCAGAACAGAGCUAUUUUGGCUUUAGGGCAUUCUGUAAUACUUUAAAUUCCCAAAUCAAUCUGAAAUUCUCCAUGAGCCAAAAAAAUAGAACUGGGAAGCCUGAUUGAGAAUCGUAAAGCUGUGUAGCAUCGGGAAAAAAAAUGUCUUUAAUAAAUAUUUGACACAUGAUCAAAUUACAGUAAUAUACCAGGGGAUAUCAAGCAAGAAGUUCUCUUCUCAGGCUGCUUUCACACUUUAGAAAACUCGCUGUUUUGGGCGACUUUUGUGUUCCCAGUCCUAGAGAGUUAUUAUAAUUCAGUAAUGCAGAUGAAAUUCAAGACAAUUUGAGCUGCUACAGUUAACAUGGGAUACGUGUCACAUGACAGCCAGGUGAAUAUCCCAAAAAUACACACGCUGUUCUGUUUAGUUACACCACAUCAUCAAAAUAUUAGCGCUGACAUAUAUUCACGACAAGGCUAGCUUUCCGCAGCACUUUGCCCUCCAUGUUUGUUUUCGUGAAAAAAAAAAUGUAAUGUUCUUUUUCUAGUUUAGAAACAUCCCACUUUCUAAGGAUCGCACAUAAAAACGUACGCUGGCGUGUGAAAGUGUGAAAGCAGCCUCAACAACGCAAUGACGCAACUUAUCCCAAGAACACGUACACGUUCGUCGGCUAUUAUGAAUCAGAACGGUUUUAUUUGCAACAUCUAGGUUUCAAACGAGCAGUUUGUGGAUGAAAAACAAAGAAUUCCUCAUACAUAACACAUCAGCCAAAACAAGUUCGAUGUUCUUUCGCUUUUGCACCAUAACCACGCGGCUGCCACGUGACCACCCGUUAGCAUGCUAACAUCGGACACAUCUGCAAUAUUAUUUGUUCAUAAACAACUUAAAAAACUAACGCACCAAGUGUUAGAUGUUGUAGAUGUCAUCACACCUUUUUUUAUUUGCAUGAUUAUUACAGCAUGAGUGUUCAAAAGGUUUGUUACUUUUUAGCUACAUGGGACUUUUCGCAAAAUUUUGACUGAUCAGCUACAUUUGGAAUGGGAAUAAGAUUUCUCCCAAACUGCUCCUUUAACCUGUAAUUAAUGAACCGUUCAAGAGUGCUUCACGGUCAGAAUUCAGCGUUACGUUCAGCUGUAUGCAUAAUAAACACGGUGUCCAGCUUUUAGUGGAACCUCAUGAGUUUGAGUUUCUUUUUUAUUUAAAAAAAACAAAAAACAAAAAACGUUCAUCUAUACAAUUCACAUUGUAUAUACAAAUCUUUUCUAUUCCAGUUCUGAUGCUGGCGCUACACGUACACAUCUCUGGAAGUCGGUAACCAAAGUUUAUGAGCCAUUUGAGACGAGUUUCUUUCCUUUAACGUCGUCCGAACAUUUCACAUUAAACGUUCCUCCGACCGUCAGUAUGAACCUGUCCAAUCAGAUCGCUGUAAAUUUCCAACUGUGCAGCAUUUUAAUAACGGACAUUUCACCAGGAACACAACUGAACUAUUUGUCAUCUAGCACUUAGGAAGUAAAUGUAAAUGAUAUUUUAAUAUCAAGCCAAAAAAAAAAAAAGAAAAAGAAAAAAAAAAAGGUGUUACAUUUGUCCAAGUUUGACCUGUGAAGUGUUUGGUGCAUCGUUCAUCGAUUACAGCAUUAAGUUUUUCCGAAUUUUUGCAGUGUUUUUUUUUUUUCGUUUGUUUUUGGUUUUUUCGUCCUGAAGUUGUUUGUAAAAUGGAUGUUUUUUUUUAAUUUUGAGUAUUAAAAAAAAAACAGUAAAAAUGUAUUUUCUAAAUCCAAACAUAUCAUUUUGUGUCCCGUCAUUAACGUGCAUUUAAAUGUUAACAUUUUUCCUCAUUUCACAAACGUAAAAUGCUUAAAAAAAAAAAAAAGAAAGGAAAAAAAAAGGCACUUUUUCGCCAAAAAAAGCCAACUUUGGACGUCACGUUGAAGCCAAUCUAGCGAACUUUUCCCCACGAUUGUACAUUGAGUCGAGCUCACUGAUAGCUGUUCUGUAUAAAAGAAUGUGUGUGAGUGUACUGUUACUUUUACCCAGCUCUUUAUUUUCCAACUAAAAACAGUAGACUUGUGUACCUGUGAAUGUUCUUCGAUUUCUUAAUUCUCAAUGUUCCUUGCCUUUCUGCAAGUCAGAAUGCUGUAUUUAACACGCCACAGCGCUUAUGCAAUUGUACAAUUCUUUUUUUAAACCAUAUUUUGAAAGGAUUUUUUUGUAUUUUCGUUUGUUAUUUGUCCCCCACCUCUCUCCCGUCAAUGUAAAUUGUCGUCGAUGACUUUGUGCUAAUAGGAAGCCCUGUGACUGAGGGGUUUUCUCUACUUUUGGACAAUGAUAUGGAUUUGUGGGUAGAAUUUUGGAAAUUCGUUUCUAAGUGCUUUCAAGUAUUUACUUGGCCUUAUGUAUAUAUAUCUAUGAAAUUUCAGAAAGGUAUGUAUAGUAAUUC